CCUCUUCUCUUCUCUCCACUUGGGUGUUAUCAAUUGUAGCAUUUCCCACCAUUACUCAUCAUUGCCCGCACUCGAUCGCGCAAUCAAACACCAAACGAACAAUUCCACAAUUCGAACGCCAUUCAAUUUAGCUCGUGAUCUCAUUUGAAAUGAUUUGCAGAAAACAUUUUGCAGACGGUAAGCGUAGUAUGUACCUAUCUGGUGCACCGCAAUUAGAUUCAAAAUUCCGUCCGAAAACACGCACAUUUGUUAGAAAUCGCUUAGAAGUUCAUCAGGCCACCGAGCACCGGCGGCGGGCGGUGAUGCAGACAGGUGCGCAGCGCACUGUUUAACAAGAUCAGGGAUUCAAACGGCCGGCGCGAUGAUGGCCAUUGCGUAAACAAACAAUUCCCAUUGCUGGGGGGAAUCGAUUUGAUUGGACGGCCUCCCCCCGGAAAGGGGAGGUAAUGGAAAGAGACAUUAAACGGGUCAGUUGGGUUGAAUUUUCAGCAGAAAAACGAAAAGUAAUACGAAGCGAGAUCACACCCCAAAACGGAACCCGGUGAGGUUGUUGAACUUUUUCCGAGCGAUUCGGCGCGAAUGUGGUGGCUUGCACAAUUCUGCACGUGACCACUGGCUGGCAUCAACCGCGGUGGGUAUGGGGAAUUGACGUGGUUUGUUUGCAAACAUUCUAAAGUUAAGUCUAAGGUGUCUUGGCUGCGGUGGAUUCUCCGGUUUAGUGAUUUCCGUUAGUGAGCUGAAUGUUUGGAUAACAUUGUUGGGUUUUUGGUAGGGUUGGUGAAGCCGGAUGCGUUCUUAGAUGGAUGUUAUAAAAAGCUGAAGAAGGGUUGAACUGGGUGUAGUUGGGUGGUUGCCUGCGAGGUGAUGAAACAAGUGAUUACGGAGAAAGUGAGUGUUUAAGGAAGUUACUGGAGGGUCAAGUGAUUGGUGUUGAAUUGUUCUUCAAAUGACGCGAUCGCUGGAGAUAGUGUUAUGGGCGUUCGUGAUAGGGUUGAUCGUAGAACAUGACGAGGUUUGUGACUAUUCGUUUUUAGAAUGUGAACUAAUUUGAAACUAAUGAGUGAUAAUAAUCCAUGUAAACAGGUGUCAGCGUUUCUUCGGCCAAAAAUAUUCAAACCAUUUGGGAUGGUUCGUGGUCCAUUUGGUGCUCCUCGACCACUGGCAAGACCAGGUUUACCUUGGUUAAUGGCUAGCAAUCCAAAUGCUCAUGAUGACGAAGCACCAGAACAAGUGAUAGAGGAAGUUGUGCAUUCUCCAGAUCACGUUGAAGAUAUCCUGAUUCCCGAACUAUUGCCAUCAGUGAUAGGGUUCUACAAUGAAGAUGGUACGAUCCAAAAAUUUUUACAGGUCGAAAAAAUACCGGAAAGGACACAGAUGAGAAUACCAGCGAAGAUACCGAUGAAAGUACCGGAGAAGAUACCGGAGAAGAUACCCGAGAAGAUACAGGAGAAGACACCGGAGAAGACACAAGAGAAAACAUCGGAGGAGAAAAUCUCCAAGGAGAAGACAUCAAAAGAGAAGGAAUUGGACAAAUCAUCGGAGGAGGAAAAGCCGAAAAAGUCAAGACGAAAGCGAAACCUGGAUAUCCCCUUCGGACAUUUGAUCGACUCCUUUGAGGGCAUAGACAACGGGUAUCUCGCACAAUUUGAUCCAUGCGCUGAAAUCUACCAAUCCGGUGAAGCUGUAGAGCCACGGAGAGCUGCACGGGAAGUUCCAAAAAUGCCUUACCGAAUGCGUCACGGAGCACUUAGAAACAGGCUUAAAUUCUUCACCAACCUCAAAGAUUACGAAGAUCUUAUCGCAGCGGAGUCCGUGCCAGCGGACAUUCAGGCGCUUCGAACACAAAUCAGCCAAAGUAGUCCUCCAGAGGGUACCCUGAACUUCAAGAAUGCGUUGACCGAUUAUCUUGCGGAUGAUAAAUCCUCCACAAGUAACUCCAAUCCUUCUGUGUCAUUGUCGGAGGUCUCUGAAGCCAAACCGAUUGAUGUCCCAGCACCAAAAGAUGUCAUUCCCAUAGCAGUUGAAGAUCCCAAAAUUGUCCCACCCAUUGAUAAACCCAAAACUGACAAUAACGAUACAGACAUCACUGUGCCACAUGAAAAGCAUUCAUCGCCUGGCACCGUCAUCAACUAUAACUUCUUCCAAAUUGGUUGCGGUCGGGAAAACAACAUCAAAAGAAAUGCUCAACAAACCUGCCUGGACGUCCUGAGUCAAAUACCACAUCGAAUCGAUAAACGGAAAGGAGCUCCGGAUUUCGAGCUACUCAUGGAGGGAACCAGCGUGGAAGAGCCCGUCAUCUACAAUGAAGACUUCAUCACUAUCCCAGUACGGAAGAUGUUCAAAUCCAACCGCUGUAAAGCAAGCGGACGGAAACUCAAACAGUGGAAGCUUCAGCAAGGUUUUGACUCAGAAGAGCUUCAAGUGUCCGAGUCGCAACCGAAACCAACCAUCGUGAUCGGUUCAACUGAUUGCAGUGAAGAGCCCAUCAGAUCCCGAGGUCCACGUGACUCCAGAUAUCGCUACAGCCGUGGAGAUCAGUUACCGAUCCGACUGUUCACUCCGUCCGACGUUGCGAAUCCUUUAAGACGGGCCAUCCCUCUGGUCACAGACGACCAGACAGUUGAUUCCGCAGCUCGAAGAUUCAGACCCAAAUUUGGCCCAAAGAUGAAAAGUCGUCGUACCAGUGGACCUCCAACGACCACUACAGAACGACCCACGACAACAACUACUCCGGCACCCACGACAGCUGUGCCGGAUUCAACCUCCCGUAAACAAAGACGUUUCCGAGGACGCCCAAAAAAGAGCGUUCGAAAUGAAGAGUAUUAUGAGUCGGAAUACGAACCGGCCCCCACUGAAGUACGCCCUGCUGUAGCGAAACCAACGCUCGAUAAGUACUCCAAAUCCGGUAAAGGCCAUUGGAAGAAAACAAUGAAGUCGGUAGGCCAAGGUCAACGAGCAAAAAGUCGCAUUAACGAAGACAAGUGGGAGAAGAUCUUUGCCUUGACCACCGAGCGUAACUUACCCAGACGAAGCAUCGGAGACAGUCCGAUCUGGAAGCAAUCUAGACGGGACCCCCGAUGGCGUUUGAAGCGCGCUCAGCAGUUCAAGCAGCGACGUUUCAAAGGCCGGGUUGCACCCGAACCUGUAGACCCAGUACCAAUCAACGUCUUCACUACCACAACACCAAGACCACGCCCGGAAAGCAGAGCGGAACGUCUAGGAAGGAUAAAACCCACGGAUCCGCCACCUCAGGCUAGCUACCAUGAGAACUUGGAACGUUCCCAAACAGCGCCAAAGCCAACUCUAGACGACGCAAACGAAGAACGACGCCAGCGCAGAACUCGACCAGUUAGCCGUCAAUCCAACCGCCCCCGAUUGGGGACAAGUUCGGCCGAGAUCAUGAGCAUGGGCCCACCUCGGGAACCAAUAGUUCAAUCACGGACAGGCAUUCCACCAGCCAUGCAGGACUUCAUCAUUCGUCAAGUGAAAGAACAUUGCGUGCAAUGCGGCCCGAAUGAAGUCGUCAAAAACCCAAAAAGUCGAAGUGCGUCACCCGCCCGCUAUUAUUCCUCCAGUAGGAACAAAAGCCCGCAAGUUAUACGACCGCCCCGAACUCAACCCCCUCCGCCUUCGCCAGGACUUCUCGGAAUGAACCCAUGUAUGUGAUCUUCCUCAUUCCUCCCCCCUUAGACUUUGACCACCCCACUAACCCUGGAUUACUUUCUUCUAGUGCGAACCAUAUUCCAGAUGGAAAUCUUCAAACCGUGGAG